CGUAUGAGCAGUUCAAAGUGAACUGUUAUUCUAACCUCAAUGUUUAUGUUUUAUUUACGUUUCUAAUGGAUUCAGUAAAGCAGCCACCACUUAAAAGAGCAAAGCUAAAUGCCAGUGAGCUUUCCGCUUCAACUAAAGAAGUGGUCCCAACCAAACCAGAACAAGGUGCAAGGCGGGUCAAUCGUCUCUGCCCCUACCUCGACACGAUUAAUCGACAGUACCUAGACUUUGACUUCGAGAAGCUCUGCUCGGUGUCGUUAACCAGAAUCAACGUGUACGCGUGUUUGGUGUGCGGUAAGUACUUUCAAGGGAGAGGUACGAAUACGCAUGCGUACACUCACUCUGUCGCCGAAACUCACCACGUGUUUCUCAAUUUGCACACCUUAAAGUUUUACUGCCUGCCGGAUAACUACGAAAUCAUAGACUCGUCCUUGGACGACAUAAAAUACGUCCUAAAUCCCACUUUUGCGGAGGCGCAUAUUGAGACUUUAGAUGCCAGCACGAAGCUGUCCCGAGCCAUCGAUGGAUCGUUGUAUAUGCCGGGAAUAGUCGGCCUGAAUAAUAUCAAAGCUAACGACUACUGCAAUGUCGUUCUUCAGUCUCUGUCUCAUGUGGCCCCCUUACGCAACUACUUCCUGCGCGAGGAAAACUACAGCAAGGUCAGCCGCCCGCCCGGCGACUCCAGCUACACUCUAGUCCAGCGCUUUGGUGAACUGAUGCGCAAACUGUGGAACCCCCGUAACUUCAAGGCGCACGUCUCCCCCCACGAAAUGCUCCAAGCAGUCGUGCUCUGGAGCAGAAAGAAGUUCCAGUUUACUCAGCAGGGCGAUCCGAUCGACUUCCUCUCGUGGUUCCUGAACGCCUUGCAUCGCGCGCUGAACGGCUCGAAACGCAAGGACAGCUCGAUCAUUCACAAAUCCUUCCUAGGCUCCAUGAACAUUUACACCCGAAAAAUUCCGCCGACCGAACUCGACGAUCACAUCAAAAUCAACCUGAUGAUGACCCCCGAGUACCAAGAGUUCGUGACCGAAUCCCCGUUCCUCUACCUCACCUGCGAUCUACCUCCUCCGCCACUCUUCAUUGACGAGUUCCGCGAGAACAUCAUCCCUCAAGUGAACCUCUACCAGCUACUGACGAAGUUCAACGGCCAAACUGAAAAAGAGUACAAAACGUACAAGGAGAACUUCCUCAAGCGUUUCGAGAUCACGCAGUUACCCCCCUAUCUCAUUCUCUACAUCAAGCGCUUCACGAAGAACACCUUCUUCGUCGAGAAGAACCCGACGAUCGUCAACUUUCCCGUUAAGAACAUCGAUUUCGGGGAACUUCUCACGCCCGAGAUCAAGGCAAGGCAUGCGAAUACGAUCUAUGAUUUGACCGCGAACAUCGUGCACGACGGGGAGCCCAGCAAGGGCACGUAUCGUGUGCACAUCCUGCAGAAGUCCACGGGGAAGUGGUACGAGAUGCAAGAUUUGCACGUCAUUGACAUACUACCGCAGAUGAUAACCCUAACGGAGGCGUAUAUACAGAUAUAUGAAUUAAGGGCGUAGAUUUGGGUUCUGACAGUAUUUCUUUGUUAGAUUUUUGAAGCACUUUGUAUAAUAUAAUUCAAAAUCGCUGUUUUAAUGGUGAAAAGACCUUUUCGUAUUCCUCUCUUGGAGGAGGGAGAAAGGGGAAGAAUUAAAUCGUUUUAUUAAA